GAAAGCAUUUCGUGGCAACAAAAUGUUAUCAUCAAAUAUUACCGAUCUUAAGCAUUGAUGUUUUGAAUAAACACUACUGUCGUAUUUUCUGUGUUCCUGACACUGUAACUCAUCCAACACUAUGGAGUUAUCAGGAAAUUUUCUGAAGUACCUCAGCCUAGUGUUGCUGACUGCCCAGAAUGCUGUCUUCAUUCUGUCAAUGAGAUAUGUCAGGACGCGUGAUGGAGACCUGUUCUUUACGACCACGGCUGUCAUUCUGCAAGAGUCCAUCAAAUGUGUCUUGAGCAUGCUGAUCAUCCUCUAUCAGGAGAAGUCCCUUACGGCAUGGCUGCACCAUCUGCGAGACAAUAUUAUUAUGCAGCCAGUGGAUUGUAUGAAAGUGUCCGUCCCGUCCAUCGUGUACAUGUUGCAGAACAAUCUCAUCUUCAUUGCGGUGUCAAACUUAGAUGCUGCAGUCUUCCAGGUCACAUAUCAGCUGAAGAUCCUUACAACAGCCAUCUUGUCUGUGAUAAUGUUACGAAAGGUUCUAACAAAAACCCAGUGGGGCGCACUUGUAUUGCUUUUCGCUGGUGUCGCAAUUGUACAGCUCCAGCCUGAAAAUAUCAACAAGGCAAAAAUACCAGUUGAGCAAUACCCUAUAAUUGGUUUAGUUUCGGUGAUAACUGCUUGUAUAAUGUCGGGAUUCGCCGGCGUUUACUUUGAAAAGAUCCUAAAAGGCACGAAGCAAUCUGUUUGGUUACGUAAUGUUCAGCUCGGCGGAAUUGGUGCUGUGGUGGGUUAUGUGACAAUGGAACUCAGUGAUGGGGCGAAAGUCAGAGAAAAGGGGUUUUUCUUCGGCUACGACCAUUGGGUAUGGUUUGUUAUAUUGCUUCAAUCGUGCGGCGGUCUCAUUGUGGCUGUGGUUGUGAAAUAUGCGGACAACAUAUUGAAAGGAUUCGCUACGUCGUCUGCUAUCAUACUUUCGUGUGUUGGGUCAAUAUUUUUAUUCCAUACUUCCUUAUCGAAAGAAUUCUGUGCAGGAGCGACACUUGUUAUUUUAUCAACGUAUUUAUACAGCAAAUUUGUUCCACCAAAGCCUGCGACCCUUCCUGUGUUAGAAAGUGAAAAAGAGGGUCAAUCCUAGCUCUAUUACUAUGGUUACAGUUUCCAAAUUAUCAUUAUUUUUAAAUCAUGAAUUAUUCUCCUAUUUUUGGGCGAUGAAUAACAAUCGUAACAUACUGAUAGCGAUUUCGAUAUUUCUGUUUUAUCAUGCAAAAAUCAUCAAAUUAUUAAUGGGUAGAAAUAUGUUUUGUGCAAUCUAUAUAGUUAUAACUGUCAUUCAUGGUUAAAAAAAUUAUUUAUUUUUUAUUUUUAUUAGUUUGCAUAUCUGCAUAUGACUAUGUUAUUUUUAAAAUAUUAGGAGUCACUAGCUUUAAAAAAUUAUGUCAGGAACUUGACCAAAUGUGGACUUGGUUUUUACAACCAAUUUUUUGUACUGUAUACCAAUAGAAAAUUGACAAAGCAGUUUCAUUCAAUACAAAAAUAUUAAAAUUAUUGUAUGUUUAAACUAUAUUUAUUUUACAACGAUUGUGAAGAAAGUAAAAUUAACUUUUGCUAAGAUUAUCCCAUUAGCACAUUGUUGUGCAAGAGUGCCAUUUUGGUCUUGUUUUCCGGGGGAAAACUUGUGUGCCUGAAGAAAACCCACUUGUGACCAUUUACCAUUAUUGCUAAUGGAAAUAUUAGAAAACUUGCUUUUUGGUGGGUUGUGUAAUUGGUACUUUACAUUUUAAUAUGUUAUUUGUUUGUGGGUUUCGAAACUCAUUGAGUUCAAAAUACAUAACUGUAUAAAUAUAGGGGAGAUCUGGCUUGGUUUAUAAUAAUGGUAUUAGAAAAUGCUUUUAAGUAUUAUAUUUAGACUUGUCCCAUAAUGCUUAGGCCUAAACAAAAAAUACAUAUGGUUCGGGUUACCCGACCCUACCUACGGAAUAGGCGCCGACCCUACCGUUUUUAUAGUCAGUUUGAAAAAAAAAAAUGAAAAAUUUAAAAAAAAAAAAAAAAAAAUCUUGUUUUUUUUUAAAUUGCUUUUUAAUAUUAAGUUUAAACCUUAAAUGCUGAUACAGAAGACAGCUUAACACCAUUCUCCAAUGAUGAAAAUUAUUUUCUUAUAUAAAACCUAAUAAAAAAAAAAAAAAAAAAAAAAAAAAGCCUACCUACCCUACCUAUUUUUUUUAAGGAUGUAACCCUAACCAAACAAUUAUUUUUUUUAGGCCUUAGCAUCGUAAAAGUAUUAGUGGUAUAUUUUACAUUCCAAUUAUAUAAAUAUAUUAUAUGUACCAGUAUUGUAAUUAUUCUAUUAAUCGCCCGGGCAUUUAUUAGAAUCAUAUCCAAGUUCGAUGUAGGGAAUGGGUGUUUAUUAGAGACAACUGCUUUUAACCGAGAUGAAAAUCGGUCAUUAUUAUAAUAUUUGGACGUUAAGACAAAAAAAGUGAAGUACACAUGUAAGUUGGUAUCUAAAGCAGGAAAUCAGGAAACUUGUUGUUUGAAAGGUAUGUUUUACUUAAAAAAUGGAGGGUGGGCAUUUAAAGGAGGCAAUGUUUUUGCACAAUGAUGCCCCAAAAUAGCUCGUUUUCAGGCUAAAAACUAGGGGAUUGGCGAUUAUUAGAAUAAUUACGGUAUUUGUCUAUGUUAUAUUUUACUGUAUAUCUUACAUGUAUAUUCUUUAUUCCUACUGACAAUCAAGUGUUGGGAGUUAUACAUUAUUCUUGUAAAAGCAUCUAAAGGGCUUUUUCAUGAAAGCUUUUAGUCUAAAGUUUAAAUAUUCUUUAUGAUGCUUUAUUUUGCUAAGUUUGUUUGUCAGCAUUAAACAAAAGGGCCUUUGUUGAUUAAAUAAUUUUGUAUUUUUGCUAGAUUCGACACUAACCUUUUUUUGCAAGCGUAUCUGUAGGGACACCAACAUUUCUAAUCAAGUGUCCUUCCAGAAACCAGAGGUCCUUCUUUUGACACAUUUUUUCAUUGUAAAGUCUGUUUUAAUAUUCCAUUCAACAUACAAAUGCAAUGCAUUUUUAUUACUAAUUUGUAAUUUCAGUAUACACAGUAUUACCGGGUAUAUAUGUUUUUUAUCAUCAACAUGUAUUGACAAUUUCGUAGCACAAUGUUACUGUUGCAACCUUGAGGUCGCAAUAAGGCCUAAAAAAAAAAUACAUUUGGUUCGGGUUACCCGACCCUACCUACGGAAUAGGCGCCGACCCUAACGUUUUUAUAGUCAGUUUGAAAAAAAAAAUGAAAAAGUAAAAAAAAAAAAAAAAAAAAAAAAUUUUUUUUUUUGCUUUUCAGUAUGUAGUUUAAAACCUUAAUUGCUUAUAUAGAAGAUAACUUUAACACCAUUCUCCAAUGAUGAAAAUGACAUUCUUAUAUAAAGCCUAAUAAAAAAAAUAAAUAAAAAAAAAAAGCCUACCCACCUUACCUAUUAUUGAAAAGGAUGUAACCCUAACCAAACAAUUUUUUUUUUUAGGCCUAGGGCAACUUCAAUACUGCCCACUGUGAAAUGACCUGUAUAUUUAUAGAUUUAUGAUGUUACUUAAUAGUCACAAACAAAGUCAGUCAUACUUUCACUUUGGUGUGUUAUACGUUUUAUGAACAGUAAUUUAUGAUUUCAUGGGAACCUAAUUUUUUUUGUUUACCUCGGCAAAAUGGAGUGCCGGUAUGCCUAGGUACGCCCCACCCUUUUUCAAUGAAAAAGCAACAACACGCAAGUGAUGGCAACAUUCUAUUAGAAGUGUUCCUGUUAUACAUGAGAUGUGAUUACCGGUAUAUGAUAUUUUUUCUUUCAUUUAUUCGUCCUGUGUAAUGAGCAAUCAAGGGAAAUUGAGAUAUGAUACAUAGUAUGUACAUGAGAUAUUGUGUUAGAAGCUAGAUUGUUUUUUCCAAUAAAAAUGUUAUUAAUAGGGAUGGCAACGAGUAUCCGAGUACUCGAGUACUCGAUCGAACGUCCGAGUACUCGAGUACCAAAUCACUACUCGAGUACUCGGAAUUUUUUUUUAUAAAAAACACCAAAUACACGAUUUACAGACAAAAUAUCAGAUCUGGUUAGUUGCCAAGAGGACAAUUUACGGUCCCUCUAAUCCCCGCUGUGUACACAAUUGACCUCAAUCAAUUAGUUGACAGUUGUUGUAAUAGUUGCAAUCUGUCAACAAAGGACCCCUAUUUCAAAUUAGCAAUGUUUUAAUAGCAGUACCUAACCUACACAAUUCUAUUGUUUACCAAUUAGAGACCUUUCACCAAACAAUGGACGCUAACGAGUGAAAGAGUAUCGACCUUUACCGAUUUCUUAAUGGGCGUAUUUUAACUAUUUUUGCAAUGAUUAUCACGAUUGAUUGGUUGAUAUUUUAAAUCAAGAAUUAUGAAUAUUAAUGAGGUAAACAACAAUUACACAGUACGAAAAACUAUCAUUUAAUUUUUUUUUUAUUGAGUAAACAACUGAACAACUGAACUAUGUAUUGAAUUUCGUUCACUAUUUUUAUGUAUGCUAUUAAUUUUCGUUCAUUGUAAUUCUGAUUUUUGUUCAUUUCUGCAGUGCAUACUUGUAUCAAAUGAAACGAAUAAGACAAACUAAAAGCCUGAAACAACAUUUGUAUUCUUUUUAUAUCAUAUUUUGUUAAAAUACGUAAUGAAAGUUUACUUUAAAGGUGAAAAUGACCAAUAAUACGACCAACGCACAAUAUACUUCAUUAACGAUACAUGUAUACACAAUCUUGUCUUCGCGAACACAUAUUCAAUUUCCGAGUAAUCGAGUACUCGAUCGAACGAUCGUCCGAGUACUCGAGUAUUAAUUUCACUACUCGUUGCCAUCCCUAGUUAUUAAUGAGGAAUAUUAUUAUGGUCUUGGAAAGUUGGUUGUUCAAAAUCGCUUUUGGGGUGAUCCAAUGUUUUGCUAUGGAUGUUUGCAAAUUAUGUUAGUAUAAUUACAAAAUGUACAGUUUUGGCCAGAAGAGAAAUAUUUUUGGGUUCUCAUCCCUGUUAAAAAAAUCCACCGAAAGUGAUUUUUGAAUUAAAUAAACUUAAGCAUUUGCAAGAAGUGGAUUUUUUUUAUCAACACCAACAUAUUCCAAAUUGCUUCAUGUCUUUGUGUGAAAAAAUAAUUAAGAAUAAAUGUAUCUGUUGUCCUGACCAAAUUGGAUGAGAAUUUAGAAAUGAUUUCCUUAUGAAUUAUAUGCUUUGUGUUUAGUAUUGUGAUAUAUUAUAUACCCAAGAUGAAAUCCACUAGAAUUUGCUCACAGUAUUUUAUUAAAAAGUUUAAUGUGAUGUAUGUACAGUGGUCAAAAUUGACACAUUAGCCCACAACUCAGCCCUUCACUUGCCAGUUGCUUUCCUGGCUUGCUCAAAUUCUGGAUUUUAUAUAGCAGGUCUUGUUCAUGUCUUUAUGGGAAGCAACAAUAUUGGGAUUCAAGCUUGUUUAUCCAAAAAUCUAAUUUUGAAUGAUGUCUUUAUGCAAAGUUGUAUAUUUUUAUUCUUUUUUUAAGCUUUUCUGUUUUUUAAAGAUAAAAUGUUUGGAUAACAUGAUAGCCAUGUCAAAGUUGUUGUGUAAAACUUGAACUUAUGGCCUUAUCUCCAAAAAUGUUUAAGAAAUUUGAUUGAAAUUUGGAACACAUGUUGCCAGGUUAAAGAUAUUGUACUGAAACUUGGAACACAUGUUGUGAGGUUGAAGAUAUUGUACUGAAACUUGGAACACAUGUUGUGAGGUUGAAGAUAUUGUACUGAAACUUGGUACACAUGUUGUGAGGUUGAAGAUAUUGUACUGAAACUUGGAACACAUGUUGUGAGGUUGAAGAUAUUGUACUGAAACUUGGUACACAUGUUGUGAGGUUGAAGAUAUUGUACUGAAACUUGGAACACAUGUUGUGAGGUUGAAGAUAUUGUACUGAAACUUGGAACACAUGUUGUGAGGUUGAAGAUAUUGUACUGAAACUUGGAACACAUGUUGUGAGGUUGAAGAUAUUGUACUGAAACUUGGUACACAUGUUGUCAGGUUGAAGAUAUUGUACUGAAACUUGGUACACAUGUUGUCAGGUUGAAGAUAUUGUACUGAAACUUGGAAUACAUGUUGUGAGGUUGAAGAUAUUGUACUGAAACUUGGUACACAUGUUGUCAGGUUGAAGAUAUUGUACUGAAACUUGGUACACAUGUUCCGCAAGGCCCAUUACUCUGGCUUUAAUAAUUGUUGAGUUAUGUCCCUUCUAGGAUGAAAAAUCCAUUCUGAACUCCUCGGCCAUUUUUCUUGAAAACAACCUCGGAUGUAUAUGGACGGUUUGGAUUGCAGAAAAUGGUACUGUUUAACUCGGCUGCAAGUAGAUUUCAUAGUUAUUUAAUUAAGCAGUUAAACAUAAUAACUUAACACUUAGGAAUCUUAAUUAUGUUUUUAAUGAUAUACUUUACUGGCAAUCAAUUUAAACUUAGAUCCACAAAAACAAGCUGAAACACUUCAUUUAAUUAAUGAUUUAAUUAAAAAAAUUACUAACCACUUCUACUGAUCUGAGGAUGUUAACGAUAAAUAUGGCCGAGGAACUCUGAAUGGAAAAAAAUCAUGAAGACCUUUCGAUUCUUGUUUUGCUUUGUUAUGUUUUGCAGUGUGUUUUUUUCUAUUACAAGGUAAUGGUGGCGGGCUCCUUUGAUGGGCAGGGGGGGGGGGGGGGUAAAUAAUGUCAGUUUGGCAAAAAAGGGAACAAUAGUAACAUGAUUUAUAUCAUGUUCAUCUUGUUUUCAAACAUUUUAUUCAACAAACCUUUGGACAUAUUCAUGAAUGGCACUAUAAUGUUACAAUUGCUAAUUGUUUAGUGGAAAAUGCUCCUAAUAGAAAAAGGGAUUUAUUAAAGGGUUUUGUUUACCUAGUCAGGGGAACAGGGCCAAAUGUUGGCCCCCAAAAGGGCCGAAAAAAAACCUAUUGUAUACAUACAUACUGGAUAAAAUCUAUGAGAAAUAACUAACAGCAUUGUAUUUACUAUCAGCAUUUUUCAAUUUCUAUGGUCAUAUAUUCAAAGUUGUGUGUGUAUGUUUUGACUGCCUUAGCAUUCAUGCUUUAAGUUAAAGUUACAUCGUUUUAUGUGCAUUGAACAUGUGCCUCUUACCAACUAAGUAUAGUGUUUGUCAAUUUAGACAAGGUCAGGACCGGCACGGCUGGGAGACCACUUUCAUUUGAUAAAUGCAUAAAACUAACAAAUAUUAACUGAAUAAGUGUUCAAAAUUGUAUUUUGUCUAUUGGCACUGUCUCAGUCUCUGCUUAAAUCAAUCAAUCUACCUAGAAUCAACAACUGCUUAUUUACCAAAAUUAAAUGUACAAGGAAAUUUUGAAAAAUUCUGCCAUCUGAUUGGACAAAAUAUAAUUUCAAACACUAAUAAGUGAUCCAUAUGAUUUUAUCUGCUUUGCAGAAGCAAUGUUUUUAUUGAAGCCAAAAACAGCUGAAUUCUUUUCUUUCUUUUUCCAACAUCAUUCAUACAUUUAAGAUUUCUUAACUGUAUUGCAUUUUGUUAUUCAUUUUUGUACUCUUUUUAAAGACUUCUUCAAUUAAGUAACCCAGUCCUAAUACUGCUGUUUUUUACAUGUAUGUUUUUAGUUUAUCUCCAAAAUAUUUCCUUGCAUUUUUAUCACAUUUAAUUGGAGUGAAAUUUUGUUUUGUAAGAAGAUUUUUCUUGAUUAUUGAAAAACCGGUGAUUUGUGAUUUGGCCACCAAUAUCAGUGUGUGUAUACCACAGUCAUGAUAAAUUACGUCGUAUAUGCUAUGUCGGAAGGCAUUAUUUUGCUUAAAAUAAAGACUUAAAUCAAAGAUAACUUUUCGCUUACUACACCAUUUUAAAUGAAACAAAGGCCAGUCUAUGCCGCUUAACGAGUCCCACCUUUGUUUUAUAACCGGAGUUUGAUAAGGUGAUUAGUUUCAUCAAACACUUCGACAAACCUGUUUCCAAAACAAUGUUUUGACACUGCUAUGUCAGACGGCCGUAACGUGAAAAGGUUUGUCAAAGUGUUAUUAGAAACUCAGGGAUGUGAUUUGUCCGCGCAUUCGCGGAAUUCCGUGGAUCUAAUGGCCCCCUGAAACUAAACUCUUAAUCAAACUCUGGUAAAAGACUGAAGGCGGGGCUCCGUAAGCAGCAUAGACUGCGCUAUUUUUCAUUUAAAAUAGUAAAGAAAAUGAAAAGUUAUUAUUGUUUUAAGUCUUCAGUCGGAGCAAAAUAUUGCCUUCUGACAUAGCAUUUAUGACGCAAUUUAUCACGUGAUAUACACACACUGAAUAUGUAAAUAAAUGUUUUCUGUUGCUAAAAUUUUUAACUUAAAUUUUUGUGGACUUCGUUAUUUUAGUCACGUUUAAAAUCGAGGAUAUUUUCGACUCCAUGUUUCUUAGAGUGUAGUCAAGAUAUUACUACGGAUAAUUUUUUGCUUCAUAUUCAUGUAUCAUACAUGCCAAAUUUCUGAGCUGCUUCCUAGGGGAUUUGGGUCUGAGUUCCAGGGGAUUUUGAUAUUACACCAGGGGAUUUUUACGCAGCGAAAUAUAGCGUGAUAUCUACAUUUAUGAUAUAAGAAUAAAUACAGAAACACACUCUUUAAGUACACUAAUGUUUGGACUUAGUCAUCAUGGAAUUUCGUGGAAUUUCACACUCAUAAUGUUAGGGAUGCUUUCCACUGUCAACCUUGAGCUAGUUUUUAUUUUUAAAUUCCAGGGGAUAUGGGGUAUAUAAUACCAGGGGAUAUGAUUCCCCUGGCGGCGGACCAUUGCAUUUUGAGUAAACCUCAGAGCUUUUAAAAUGGCUGAAACAGAAAUUGAAAUUAUUUUUAAGCAUAUAAAAAUGCAUGUAAAACAAGGACUAUAACGCUGUGGCUGAGAGAAUAUAUAGCUAUCAAGUUUUAAUGUGAUUGGCAUACGUUCUAUUAAUCUUUAUGAAAAUUAAACAAUUAAAGCUGCACUCUCACAGAUUUACUGUUUUGACAAUUUUUUUUUAUAUUUUGUCUUGGAAUGAGCCAAUUUCUGCAUAAAUAUCUGCAAACCAGUGAUAUAUGACAUCUGACAAAAGAUCAGUUUGCAGAUUUUCAUAUUUAUGUUUAAAAAUUAAUGUUUUAUGGCUAAAAGCGUUACUAACGGUUUAAGAAAAAUGCAUAAAACAUGAAUUUUUAAACUUUAAUAUGAAUAUCGGCCAUCUGAUUUUUUGUCAGCAGUCGUAUAUCACUGGUUUAAUACAUAUUAGCAUACAUUGUCUCGUUCCAAGACAAAAAAAUACAAAAAAGUUGUCAAAAUGUUCAAUCUGUGAGAGUACAGCUUUAAACAGGAUUUUUUUCUUGUUGAUAUUACUAUGAUAAUCACAACGAAUUUUACUGUAACGCUCAUUACAAAUCUGACACAUUUGUUACAAAUAUAUGUGUUUUUUCAGUUGAAUACAUAUACGGUUGGAAUUAAAUGGUAUUAGAUAAAUGAUAUUAUAUGAAAUA